AUGAAGUCGGUGCGCCGCGCGCGUCAACGAUCGAGAUCUGCGAUGGUAGUAGGGGUCAGCCGCCGCACGGACGAAACGCAUAAAAACGAACGGAGUCGAGGUAGUCGAGCACAGUGUGUCACUCGAGGAGACGAGCGACGCUACGAACUUUACCCAGUGAUUUUGCGCAGACCCGUAUACACAUCCCAGCAUAACAAUGAACGGCUUUGUGACAUUGAGCCUCGUCGCGCUGAGCCUCUUUGGCGCCUGCCAGGCGGAGAACAUCGUGGCCACCGUCCUCAUAUCCCCGGAUCCCAACGUGACCACCGGCCAGGUCGUCUGGGGCCAUCUCAAGCUCACCCAGAGCGGCCUCCAGGGUCCGGUCACGGUCACCGGCACCCUGAGCGGCCUGACGCCCAAUCAGCUCCACGGCUUCCACGUGCACGAGAAGGGAGACAUCACCGGAGGCUGCAAGUCCGCCGGUUCGCACUUCAAUCCCGAUAAGCGUCAACACGGAGGACCCGAUGACUUUUCCCGUCACGUGGGUGACCUCGGCAACGUGCUCGCCGACGCCCAGGGAGUCGCCCACAUCAACAUGGUCGACCGACAGAUAGCCCUGCUCGGCAACCGCAGCAUCGUCGGUCGCGCCUUCGUCGUGCACGCCCUGCCCGACGAUCUCGGCCGUGGUGGCAACGAGGGCUCCCGCACGACCGGCAACGCCGGCGACAGAUUGGCCUGUGGCGUAGUUGGCAUCUCCGCUUGAUCGAGAGAGGACACACGGAGCUUCGACUGAGAUUUCUUUUUUAAUUUCGCACGUCUAUCGCGUGUAAAGCUCGAGUUACUUUUUGUUUCUUCGACGAACAAAUGUCUGCAAAUGUGUAAUCACUUUUCAAACGCACUCGCGUAUCUAUGUUAAUUUUUCUAUGCAAAAUUUUAAACGUGAUCAUAUCUGAGACUUUUUGUAAAUAAAGUUUCUUACGAAUGAA